AUGCAGAAAACGUUCCCCUGUACCCUCCAGAAAACAAAAGUGGCCCUGUUCUCCCACCACGGCCCUAUGAAGGAGGGCACUGUCCCCUGUCCUCUGGGCAGGGGUGGGGUGUGGGGCGUUUGGGAUUCCAGUGCGGGCAUCACUGGGAGAGACGCCGGGCUUGUGGAACACAAACGCCUGUUCUAGGCCUACAGCUGAAAAGCAUAUGAAUAUUGAUACAUAGUUUGAUAUGUGGGAGAUGAACAGAGUGGAAUCCUUUGAGACUGGGUGAGACUGAGCUGGUUUCUAUGUCUCCAUGCCAGGAGGAAUUGGACAGCCUGAUGCUGUGCUGAUGAUGUCCCACUGUGUCAUGGGAACACUGCAUCCUAAUAGAGAAGAGACUCACUCAUGUUGGUCAUAAGCAGUGACGUCCAUCAGUGGUUCCCAACGAGGGGUACUAGCACCCCUGGGGGUACUUGGCCUAUCCACAGGGGGUACCUUAGAAGACUCAUGAGACCAUAGGCUUACUGGUAAAAUGCACAUGAGGGGGUACUCCGGGUAGAACAAAAUUCAGUUGGUGGUACAGUAACUGAAAAAAGUUGGGAACCACUGAUGUAGAUAAUCUGUCCUCACACUGAAUGAGGGAGUAGAACAAAAUCCACCCAGAGGAGGCUGGUGGGAGGAGCUAUAGGAGGAUGGGCUCAUUGUAAUGGCUGGAACGGAAUAAAUGGAAAGGUACCAAACACAUGGAAACAACGUGUUUGACUCCAUUCCAUUGGUUCCAUUCCAGCCAUUACAUGGGCCUGUCCUCCGAUAGCUCCUCCCACCAGCCUCCUCUGAAUCCACCCAUUAUACCAGGAACACUCGCUAACCAAAUACAUUUAGCUAAUUCAUAACCACAUCAGCCCUAAAGCAAGCAAUCAUUCUCCUCUGACAUUGCAUGGGUGAUAAGUUUGAAGGGGAAAGUCAAGGAAAUAAAGUUGGUUCAUUUUCCCGGUACAGGAAGUGAAAGAGGAGAGCAAACAUUGCUUUGACCUUGUGGACUAGUUCUCUAAUUGUGUUAACCAAAGAGCUGUUUGGUGACAUUUCAGCACAGGUGUAUGUGUGCAUGUGUGUGUACACGUGAUGUACUUGUGUGCAUGAGAGAUGUCUUCCGUUUUGCAGCUAUGACACACUGAGUGUACAAAACAUUAGGAACACCUGCUCUUUCCACGACAUAGACUGACCAGGUGAAAGCUAUGAACCCUUAUUGAUGUCACUUGUUAAAUUCACUUCAAUCAGUGUAGAUGAAGGGGAGGAGACAGGUUAAAGAAGGAUUUUCAAGCCUUGAGACAACUGAGAGAUGGAUUGUGUAUGUGUGCCAUUCAGAGGGUGAAUGGGCAAGCCAAAAUAUUUAAGUGCCUUUAAACGUGGUUUGGUAGUAGGUGCCAGGCGCACCGGUUUGAGUGUGUCAAGAACUGCAACGCUGCUGGGUUUUUCACGCUCAACCGUUUCCUGUGUGGUCCACCACCCAAAGGACAUCCAGCCAACUUGACACAACUGCGGGAAGCAUUAGCGUCAACAUGGGCAGCAUCCCCGUGGAACGCCUUCGACACCUUGUAGAGUCCAUUCCCCGACGAAUUGAGGCUGUUCUGAGGGCAUAAGGGGGUGCAACUCAAUAUUAGGAAGGUGUUCCUAAUGUUUUGUACGCUCAGUGUAGGUGGCUGGUUUAAGGAACACCAUCACAUCUGACUAGAGCCUUGUUUACACCUUGCGCUAACAUGUGAGUUUUGUGAUCUGAUAAAUAUGAUCCAAUGCCCAUCUGAUCAAGUUUUGUUGCGUCUACACAUGGUGUUAAAAUGUGUCUCAUCCGUCCACUGUGUCCAGAUUGUGACCUGAUCAGCUGGUUUCUCCCUGUCUGCAAAUUAUUUGACAGAAAUUCUUUCAAAAUAUUAUGAAUUAAUUUAUUUUAAGACAGUUACUGGUGCCAUAAGACUUAGGUCAAUGGUGCUUCCUGUCAAUGAUUUUAGUGGUUGGUAAAUUAUGAUUUAAAUGGUUUGACCAUCCAGAUCCGGAGGUCAGGAAGAUCUGAUCACAAUCAGAUUGUGUCUUUUAAUCGCCUACACCUGUAAAUGUGGGCACAAUCAGAAUGUGGACAAGAUCAGAAUGUGGACAAGAUCAGGACAUAGGACGCAUGUUAGCACCAGGUAUAAACAGGGCUCAGGAGAGCAAUAGAACCAGUUCAUGAGGAUGUUUUUCGCAUAUUGACAUUUAUUGUCAUGAGCCUUGCCCUGGAGGCAGCACUGAGUGGUUUCCACUAGAUUGGCCAGUGGCAAAGUCAAAAGUGGCGAUAUUGUAAAAAUUCAUAAAAACUAAAAUUAGCUUUUUGGCUUCAUUUAAGGUUAGGGUUAGCAAUCAUUAGGGUUAAGGUUUAAAAUCAGAUUUUAUGACUGUGGCUGUGCCAGCUAGUGACCACUCUGCCUCCAGUACAUGAGUCAUCCCAAUAAAUGCCAACCUGCGUGGUUUUCACGCUGCAGGCUUGACACUGACAGUCAGUAAGGCAAAGAGACAGCUCUGAAUUCAAGUGUAAUAUUCUCUUGUAACUACAUUUAGACCUUCUUGCUGUUUGGAGUAACACAUUUGUGGUGAGUUAGUCUAUUAGGUUAUGUUAUAGGUCAUCUUGUGUAUGUAUAAAGGUUUCUCAUUAGGAUUUAAUAUAUCAUAUACCUAUAUAGGUGUAUAUAGGUAUAUAGGUAUAUUUAAGCAAUAAGGCCCGAGGAGGUGUGGUACAUGGCCAAUAUACCAUGGCUAAGGGCUGUUCUUAUGCACGACACAACGCGGAGUGGUCUUAUUGGUCAUAUAUCAUGCCUUUGCUCUGAGUUGUCAGUGUGGAAUGGAGGACAUUCCAGUGGAGACUUUAGUCCUGGGCCUCAAAAUAGUUUAUGUCCACCUGGGGAAAAAGGCAUAACGUGAUCAGUUAAUCUCAACCAUAGAAAUAGAAUCAUUCUAGUUCUGUGUUCUCAACAUGCUUUGUGAGUGCUCCAACACUGUGCCUUGAGUCCUAUUUGGAAGUUUAAGACAUCCAGUCAGCUCUUAUUUAGAGUUUCUGUUGGUGGUUUCAGGAGGAGUUGUGGCAUUUAAUUUAGAGCGUUUGACCACGUCCUGAGCUUUGUCUUUCAUAUGAGUUCACCUGCUCUCUAGUCUGUAUUUAGUCACACCGUGGAGCAGUCUGUAUUGUGCUGUUCAUAGGUGUGUUACAUUGUGUUUUAUGGUUAGGGGUUAACAAUUACUGCUCUGGGAACUGUUUCAUGUGAAUGUGACCUCCCAGAAAGUGUGCGGGAUGGAAACUAUCUCUAAAUGUUUCUUAUCGUUCCAUGUCUUUCUUCUUUGGAGUUUUUUUGUUGUCUUAAUCAUCCAUCUCUCUAGAACUUUUCUAUCUAUAAUCAUCUAGGAAAUGAGGUGACAAGGACAGGGAGGAGACUCACGCAAAUGCACCCCCCACACACAUACUCUCUCUCUCUCACACACACACACACACCCUCUCUCUCUCACUCACACACACACAAACACACACACACACAUAAACAAUGUUGGAGAAUGUAACCAUCCUCUGUCAAACCGGUUUCCCGCCGGCACAGUUGCCUUCUUUGCUCUUCUCCAGUAUUGUGUCUUUGAGAGAUAAUCUGUAAUAUUCAGUCUUCCUUUCAGUACUCAUGACGCACUGUACGCCUUGAGUUCACUGUAUCACCUUUAUGGAUUUCCAUGUCAGUGGAUUAUGUUUCUAUAGAAAUGGGUGCUUCUCCAGUGAGGAUCUCAGUUUGUGGAUCUAUCCCCUUCAGACAGGAUCUAUCCCCUUCAGACUGGAUCUAUCCCCUUCAGACUGGAUCUAUCCACUUCAGACUGGAUCUAUCCCCUUCAGACUGGAUCUAUCCCCUUCAGACUGGAUCUAUUCUCUUCAGACUGGAUCCUCCAGACUGGAUCUAUCCCCUUCAGACUGGAUCCUCCAGACUGGAUCUAUCCUCUUCAGACAGGAUCUAUCCCCUCCAGACUGGAUCUAUCCCUUUCAGACUGGAUGAAGUGUGUGUGGUUGUUUUUGUGUGUGUGUUUCUGUGUGGGUGGGUGAGUGCCUGCCUUCCUGCAUGAGCGUGAGUGAGUGUGUGUGGCCUCUCACAAGCUGCCAAACAAUCCUGAGAUUCCGACCACAAUGGAUGUUUACUAAACUGUAGAAAACAUGUGGGCUGUUUUCAGUCACAUCAUUAUGGCUGCUUUGCCACCUGAGGGUGUCUGUGCACAGGUGUUAAGUUUCAGAUCUGUGUGUCUCUCUCUCUCUCUCUCUCUCUCUCUCUCUACCCGUUCUCUCUCUCUCUCUCUCUCUCUCUCUCUCUCUCUGUGUACGUGCUGUUUUAUGCAUGAGACUGCUGCUUCUGUUUCAGUUACUUUGGGUGACCACUCACCUCAGCCCUGGCACCUACCCCACACGUUAGAAACUGUUGCUGUCAACAGCAUAAAGGUUUACAUGACAUGGUUGCAGUAGUUUAUAGAAGGGCUCUAGGGAGAAGGAUUGACAUGAGAGAAAGCAGACAUGAAGUGGGGUAUAGAUACAGUCAUCUGUCAUUGACCUCAUAAUUACACAAAGCUGAGGCUAUUCCAAUGUAACCAGCUUGUUUACGAUGCCUCCUUAAAACACUCUGACCUCACAUCACCUAUAGGACUAUAUAAUAUUUUUACAUUUACAUUUUAGUCAUUUAGCAGACGCUCUUAUCCAGAGCGACUUACAGUUAGUGAGUGCAUACAUUAUUAUUUUUUAUUUUGCAUACUGGCCCCCCGUGGGAAUCGAACCCACAACCCUGGCGUUGCAAACGCCAUGCUCUACCAACUGAGCUACAUCCCUGCCGGCCAUUCCCUCCCCUACCCUGGACGACGCUGGGCCAAUUGUGCACCGCCCUAUGGGUCUCCCGGUCACGGCCGGCUACGACAGAGCCUGGAUAUAAUAUUGUAGCAACCUUAACCCAACACCUAGCGAUGCGUGCAUGUGAGGGACUUGGUAUAGAGAAGCGUGGGGACACACUCUUCCGACGGAAGGGGUUUUAAGGUAGCGACCUUAACCCAACCCCUGGUGACCUUGUCGGGAGGUUCAGAUCUGUUGGCUAAGGUGUUGGGUUGACAGUCGCUGGACCGGGGUUUGAUUCCCGGUCGGGGCUACCCCCCAAAUUUGCUACAAUAUCAUGACUGUGGUAGUCAUAAGUCCAUCUACCACAGUAUUUAGAUUUGGAGGGUCUGAAUCAAGGCUCAUUCUCACUCAGUCAGCAACCCAAGACUUUAGAACUCCAAUCCAAGACUUUAGGACUCCAAUCCAAGACUUUAGGACUCCAACCCAAGACUUUAGGACUCCAACCCAAGACUUUAGGACUCCAAUCCAAGACUUUAGGACUCCAACCCAAGACUUUAGGACUCCAACCCAAGACUUUAGGACUCCAACCCAAGACUUUAGGACUCCAACCCAAGACUUUAGAACUCCAACCCAAGACUUUAGGACUCCAACCCAAGACUUUAGGACUCCAACCCAAGACUUUAGGACUCCAACCCAAGACUUUAGAACUCCAACCCAAGACUUUAGGACUCCAACCCAAGACUUUAGGACUCCAACCCAAGACUUUAGGACUCCAAUCCAAGACUUUAGGACUCCAACCCAAGACUUUAGGACUCCAAUCCAAGACUUUAGGACUCCAACCCAAGACUUUAGGACUUCCUUUCUCCUUUGUUCCUUUUCUUCAACCUCUUUCUCUAGCUGUCUCUCCUCCUCAGUAACUAUCCUCCCUCUGUCACCCUCCUGCUCUCUCUCUCUCUCUCUCUCUUCCAUCCUAGAUAGUAAAUUGGUCUUGCAAUAAACACCCACACGCAGGCGGGGUGCUCUCCAAGUUCUCUCUCGCUAUAUUGCUCUCUCUCUCUAUCUCUCUCUCUCUCUCUCUCUCUCUCUCUCUCUCUCUCGCUCUCUCUUUCCACUCAGUAGAAUUAAAUGGUCUUGUAAAAACACACAGAGCGGGGUGGCAUCCAAGUGUUUUGCAUGCUCCUGCUCCCCUCCCUACGCUCUGUCAAAUAAAAAUAGUGGUUGCUAUCAGCUGUUCUGCUAUCAGCGUUUUUAUACUGUAUGUUUAACAAGGUGAGGCUAUGAGAGGGAGAGGGAGCACCACAGAGCCUGGAGACUGUAGCCAACCUCUGCACAGAUUUUGCCUCAGUCUUUUGCCAUUUGAAUGGUUUGCCUUUAUGGUGUCUAGGAGGAGUGAAUGUGGUUCAGUGGUUGAAUGUGACUGAUUGUAGCUAUAGCUGUGAUUUCUCCACUAUAAUUUAAUAGAACCACGGUGUUCCUCUCAGAUGCAUUGUAUAAUGACUAAUGCUUUCAGGAGAUGAACUCUGUUCUAGGAAAUACCUUUAGAAAGUUUGCUGAUGGGAAUUCUUUAGGAGGUAGCCUAACAAUAGUUUAUUGCCUGGUUAACUGCUGACCAAACAUGUCUCUGUAAUUUACAGGCGACAGGCUAAAGGUAAGAUGUCAAUUCAGAACAUGUAAACAGCUAAAGUGUAUAAACCUUUGGUCUCUGUUAAAGAAUUUGAAACCUAUACAAUUAAUGUGUGUGUGUGCGCGCGCGCGUGUCUGUGUGUGAGAGAGAGGGAGACAGAGAGAUGUAACACUUUUAAAACAUCUUCUCGGUCUUUUCAUAGGCUAAAUGUCUAAAAAGCAAAAUACUUAUCAUGUAAAUGAGGUUGGAGGUGGAGGCGUUAUUUAACGUUGUAAAUGCGCGUCCUAAAUAGCAUAUAGAGAGGGAGGCGGUUUCGGGGUUGACCCUGCAGUGGCGUCACUGUGGUGCGAAAAGGGACUUCGGAGAUAGCAAGAGGACAGACGUUAGUAGUAUGAGCCAAAUGAUACGGAGGAAAAGAGAGUUAGCUGUUUAGCGCUCCGGGAACUUUUUCAUGCUGCACAAACAACGAGGUAGGCAUAAUAAUAUAUUUCCUCCUUUAUGAUAACUUUGAAAUGUUUUUUUUUGUUUGUUACGAAAUCAUGCCACAGCUUUUGUUUCGUUUUCCAAUAAGCCUAUCAGAAAAUGUUAGAGAAAGUGAUUUGCUUUUGCUACAGUUUCAAUGAAUGUGUUCAAUGAAUGUGUCAAUGCAUCACUGUUUAGGCUAUGGAGCUGAAUAGAUCCAAAUGAUUUAUAAUUUAAAUGUAUCCUAAGCCUAUGGCUCCGUUUUUAGUUGUCACCUAGAUUGAUCACAUCCCAGUCAACUAGGCUAUAUAGCCUGUAAUUGCUAAACAUUGUAUAUAUUGUUUCCUAAUGUAACAGUUAACAGUUCAUAUGUUCAAAUAAUUAAUUCAUUACCAUAGCUCUAUUAAUUAUUAGGCUACUGUGAGGGUAUUUUUUUAUUCGGAGGAACUACAGUAUUUCUGAUUCCCAAGGACGUAUGGCAAUGCAGCUUUUCAGCUCUUGUAGGCUAAGGCAUAACCUGCCGUGAGAUGUAUUUAGAUUCAAAUUCAAACUGCAUGGGUUUUAGAUUUACAAUAGUGUUUUCCUUCAGGCUCUAUCAAUUGUGACUAGUCUGAGCGCGUAAAGGAAUGAACGUCACAGAACCAAUCCUAGCCUACUUUAUGUCUGAUCCCAAUUUGUAAAUCGCUCUGGAUAAGAGCGUCUGCUAAAUGACGUAAAUGUAAAUGAUGCCUGUUGCUUUUUUUCAUUCUUCGAAAUCUCCUUGUUAGUUGGCUAUAAAAAAUAAGCUAUGUAAAAUCAUGAAAGAAUCAUGUAAAACCACAAGGUCUUCUACCUGACCUAAUUCUUUCCAAUAGGUGCACUUACGGCUACAGCAAAUAGUCUCCCCUAUCAGUCCACAAGUCAACACGUUCCAUUUGUGAGUAAGUAUGCGGUGAUACUGUUCCCAUUGCGAUUAUUUACCUGCAUGGUGUGCAAACACACCGCUCUUUGUCGCCCUUGAGCGAAUUCCCACCUGAUGCAACGCGCCCGCGGGAGGAGAGAGGCAGAGCUGGGGACUGAGGGAGGGAGGGGAGGUGGGAUGUUUGGCGACAGCUAUGCAAACUGGCUCCAAUCUCAGUCGGGGCGGGCAAACCGAGGUGACAGACCAUUCCGAUUCCCAGGAUUGUUUUCAUCCGCACAUCGACCCUGUGACCUCUGUGAUAUAAGUCUAUGACCUCCUCAACCUGAGUGAUGCUGACAUUGAGCAGAUCCGGAUUACUGUACCAGGACCCCCAGAAGGUUUUUCCAGAUGGUCGCACUCUAAUACCCCUUUCUUAACUCCCAAAUAAAGGAUUCCAUCCUAAUGCAGUUUAGUCAUUUAUCCAGUAAUGGGGUUUUCUGGGUGUUAAACCAAUUAAUGUCUUGUAAUCGUGUGUAAUUGUAUUUCAGCCUCAUGUCUUUUUUAAGGCCUGCAUUAGGCCACUAUUACAUUGUCAUCAAUAUUAGCCUGUAGGUUCUUUGUUUUUCACUUCAUCAUUUUACAUUUUAGUCAUUUUGCAGACAUUCUUAUCCAGAGCAACUUACAGUAGUGAGUGCAUACAUUUUUGUACUUUUUCAUACUGGUCCCCCGUGGGAAUCGAACCCACAACCCUGAUGUUGCAGGUACCAUGCUCUACCAACUGAGCUUCAUCUCCCUCUGUUUGACAUCUAUUCAGUUGAUAUCUCUCAUGCAUAGUGUCCAUAGUUUAUGGAUCAACCAUGCUGUGAUGGUCAUGUCAGGCUAUCAACCAUGCUGUGAUGGUCAUGUCAUGCUAUCAACCAUGCUGUGAUGGUCAUGUCAGGCUAUCAACCAUGCUGUGAUGGUCAUGUCAGGCUAUCAACCGUGCUGUGAUGGUCAUGUCAGGCUAUCAACCGUGCUGUGAUGGUCAUGUCAGGCUAUCAACCGUGCUGUGAUGGUCAUGUCAGGCUAUCAACCGUGCUGUGAUGGUCAUGUCAGGCUAUCAACCGUGCUGUGAUGGUCAUGUCAGGCUAUCAACCGUGCUGUGAUGGUCAUGUCAGGCUAUCAACCGUGCUGUGAUGUCAUGCAGUAUCACGUGCUGUGAUGGUCAUGUCAGGCUAUCAACCGUGCUGUGAUGGUCAUGUCAGCUAUCAACCGUGACUGUGAUGGUCAUGUCAGGCAUCAACCGUGCUGUGAUGGUCAUGUCAGGCUAUCAACCGUGCUGUGAUGGUCAUGUCAGGCUAAGAUCUUUUUCUUGUUUUUUUAUCCCGAGUGUGAUAUUAUUCUGGCUAUCAACUGUCUGUCAAACCGCUGUAGUGACUGACGUGCUGUACCAUAGGUCAUUGUACAUCCGUAUAUCAAACUCAAGCGUCGGAUGUUUCUGGCUGAGUGCCGUGCUGAGAGGAGGGAAACUGUGUUUGACAUCAUUCAAUGGACCAUCAACCAUGGUCUCGAGAUUGAUCAUUCAGCAGAUCCUUCUUCCUUAUGGACCUGUUUUGUUACGCUCCAGGUGGAAGGUGCCCUUUGACACAGAUCUAGAAUCAGAUUACCAUCCUCAAAUCAUAACCUUAACCAUUAAGGGUGAAAAUGUUAUUAGAUGAUGUUAGAUCAUCUUAGGAGCAACUUUAUCCUACUCCGUCUGGUGCUGCUAAGCAUGGUCAUUGAGCUAGUAGUGUGUUUUGUGGUCAUAUUCAAUCCCCGGGACCACCCAUACACAAAAAUGUAUGCACGCAUGACUGUAAGUCGCUUUGGAUAAAAGCGUCUGCUAAAUGGCAUAUUAUUAUUAUUAUUAUUAUUAUAAUGGUCUUUAUCAGGUGAUGUCAUCGUGAUGUCAUAUGAGCCUGUAGUGGGGCUGUGAGGAAGUUAUUUGUUGAGCUUCAGUCCCCAGUGUUCUAUUCUCAGCUCCUUCCUGAAGACUACGCUAACAUUUGCUUACCAGACUUUAAAUGGUUCCCGCUGGGGGGACCUACCACACACAAACACAAACACACACACACACCCUUUUCCUUCCACAACCACCAGCAAAACCAGUGUCAAUGACAGCAGCGGAGUAGGCAAGCUGUGGCCCCCCUUCAUCUCAACGAGGACUUCACCAGCCCCUCUCCCCUCUUCAUCUCAACAAGACUUCACCAGCCCCUCCCCCAUCUCCCCUCUUCAUCUCAACGAGGACUUCACCAGCCCCUCUCCCCUCUUCAUCUCAACAAGGACUUCACCAGCCCCUCCCCCCUCUCCCCCCUCAUCUCAUUGAGGACUUCACCAGCCCCUCCCCCCUCUCCCCCCUCAUCUCAUUGAGGACUUCACUAGCCCCUCUCCCCUCAUCUCAACAAGGACUACACCAGCCCCUCCCCCCUCUCCCCUCUUCAUCUCAACAAGGACUUCACCAGCCCCCCCCCCCUCUCCCCCCUCAUCUCAUUAAGGACUUCACCAGCCCCUCUCCCCUCAUCUCAACAAGGACUUCACCAGCCCCUCCCCCCUCUCCCCUCUUUAUCUCAACGAGGACUUCACCAGCCCCUCCCCCCUCUCCCCUUCUCCCUCUCCCUUCUGUUCCCCUCUCCCCCACUCCUCUCUUCUCUUGGUCCCUGUGGUUGGUGACAUCAGAAAAAUAAGCUGUUUAUGGUGCAGUAUUGUCAGUGCAGCAGUUGAAGUAGAGCCAUGCAUUGAUGCACAGCGUAUUGAGGUAUAAGUGUGGGUUACUGUGAGUGUCUGCCUGUAAUUAUAUCUGCAUGUGAAAAUUACAGAAGGUUUUUGAUGAGUUUGAAAUGAUUAUCCUCACUGGUGCGAUCUUAUGAUGUUCAUUCUGUGUGUGUAUGAUGUGUGAUGUGGGAUACGGCCCACCCUGUUGAUGUGGGGCUGGAUAGGAAAGAGCAUGCUGAGACAGCCCUGGAGACGAGGCUGACAAUCUGAUCAUUGUAUCAGAGUUGGAUGAAGAGGGAUGGGGGCGGCAUGGUGUGUACAUCUGGUUUGUGUGUGUGUUUAUCUGUUAGAAGAGUGUCUGUGCAUGUUAUAGGGGAUCGGUUGGGGUGGGACAUUAGUCCCAAUGGUGCCAUUACAAGGCUUGUUAGAGCAUUACACAUGUGUGUGUGUGUGUGUGUGUACGUGUGUGUACAUAUUCCACGUGUUGCAGUCCUUGUUGAGAUGAAGAGGGGAGAGGGGCUGGUGAAGUCCUCGUUGAGAUGAAGAGGGGAGAGGGGGGCUCAUAAAUAACAGUGUAAUGUCAAGGCUGGUGAGUGUGCUAUUGUUCUUGGCCUGCAACGUUCUUUACUUUGGAGAUGUUGAACUGUUGGAAGAGCUCUGUAAAUUCUACUACUCAGAUAUAAAGUGUGGACUUUAGAACACAGAUCUGUGCUGAAUGUACUAAGUGUCCAAACUGGCCUAACGUUCCAUUGUCUCUAAACCCCCCUCUCCUAUUCCCUCCCCCAGGAGAGCAGGGCAUGGCCGGUAAGCCGUUCCGGGCCACCUUCAUCUGGAGCAGCAUCAUCGCCAACCUCCAGCAGCGCGUCGAGGUCAAGCGCCACCGCCACAACCUCAAGACCUACUAUGACUGUUUCCUGGGGUCAGAGGCUGUGGACGUGGUGCUGGCCCAUGUCAUCCAGUCACGUUUCUGCGGCGAUGCCGAGGUGCCUCGCUCCAAGGCCGUACGCCUCUGCCAGGCCCUGAUGGACUCGCGGGUGUUCGAGGCGGUGGGCACCAAAGUAUUUGGGAAUAAGGAGAAGUGGCGUGCCACCUUCGAGGACAGUAGCUGUAGUCUGUACCGGUUUCUUCCGCUUCCGUCUAGUCCCACUACCAUGACCAGCUCGCACUCGACGAGCACCAUCACCAUCGAGAGUGAAUACGACUCGCCGAGCAAACACCGGAACAGCUAUAGCCCACCUCUCAAACGGUACGGUAGGCUGAGUUUAAAGCUAUGUUCAUGAGUUGAUAUGUUUCGUAAUCAUUCCCAAAUAGCGGAUUAACAAUGAAUUAAUUUUAUGAGGGCUUUCAUCCCAAAACUCAACUCAUGUAUCGCCAAUGAGUAUCAACCUCUGUGACCUUGUUGUUACUCUCACUGAUUGGUGCUUCUCAGUUGUCCAAUCAAGGCUCUCCUUGCUGAUGAUUGUGAUAAUGUUCCCGUAAACCUAAUUUGCAUGGCUCAAACUCUUGAUUCUUGCAGCAUAAUUCCUAUGAUUUUUUCUUUCUACCCAAACAUGCAGUUAGACACUCGGUUAGAGAGCUCCUUUUUAGGCAGUGAGACAGGGACUGUAGGUUUUGACUCAGAGCUCUAUAAGUGGUUAUGGGUUUAGAGAGUUUGUCACAGAGCCUGCAGAUUUGGCGCCGUUGGUCAUUAUUCUGGGAAGUCCAGAGAUAAAGAGGUGAUGUCAAUGUUUUCAGUAUGUGUUGUGGAUGCUAUGUGUCUCUCUUCUGUCUUUAAGAGUGUAGAACAGUAAGUAGCUAUUCUCCAUGAAACUUUUAUUUUUUUCUGAAGAAUUCCUUAAGGACACUAGAGUGUAGAGGACUGAGAUCUGCACUGAGAUCAACAGGAGAACUGAAGUGGUGUGAGGAUAAUAUCAUAUGGCCAUUGGCCAUGGUGGCUCUCUGGUCUCCCCCGAACCAUGUAAAGUGGUCCUAAGUGACAGCUCAGGACUGUACCCAUGAAAACCUGCUGCCUCCAAUCUGUCUCACUGAGAUGAAAGAGUGGAGAGAGAUGGAGAGAGCGAGAGUAGAGAGAAAAUGGAGAGAGAGUAGAAGAGAGAGAGGAGAAAGAGAGGAGAGAGAGUAGAGAGAGAGUGAGAGAGAGAGGGUAGAGAGAGAGAAAGAGAGAGAGGAGAGCGAGCGAGAGAGAGGAAGAGAGAGAGUAGGUAGAGCGAAAGAGAGAGAGCGAGAGAGAGAAAGAGAGUGUUAUUGUAAAGCCAUACUUUAGGUGAACUGUGCUCCCAAGGAGUUUUAUAUAAAAACACACCAAGCACACUCUUGAGGCAAAGUAUGAUUGCACCAAGGACAGCGUUUAAAACGUAAAAUGUAAUGAUUCUAUCAAAAUCCAAAGAGGAGUGUGGAGGUAAAUUGGAAGAUAGUUUUUGUUUUGCUAAAUGUGUUUAACACCAAUUUCACCAAGUAGACAUAUUCUGGUCACCUGUGAUUGAAAAAUAAAAAUUUCUAAAUGCUACUUUGGGUUCCGGUAAUAACAGGUCUGUGAUUGCUCCAAUCAUGUCCACUGAUUUCUCUCAUUAUGUUCGUCCUCAGUAAAGAGGAUCAGUACUCCAACAACCACUCUCUGGUCAAAACAGACAAAUCACUAGAGGACGUGUUGGGGAACCUCAACGUCACCUCAACCAUCACCCCACAGAUGAUCAACCUCGGCCUCUCACAGGAGUGUAAGUGUCCAUAGAAAAUAUAUGUUGGCAUGUGUCCCUGCAUGAUUAUCAGUGUGUGUUUGUUACUUUGGAUGUGUGUAUCUGUGGUAAAGUCCCUAUAGUGACUUCUCUUCCUGUCUUCCUCAGUGGUGGAUGAGGUGUGGCGCCAGCAGACGGUGUUCAGGCUGCUACAGCUGAUAGAGCUCCCCCUGCUGGAGAGUCUGUUGGAGGGCGAGGAGCGGCCCAGGCCUCCGCUGCACAGCAUGGACAGUGACCCAGACCUGCUCUACACAUCCAGCUACCUGGACAGAGAGGUCCUGAAGGCCUUCAGCGAAGCACAGUACGUCUCCUACUACUACUACUAGUCCUACUACUACUAGUAGUCCUACUACCACUACUACUACUAAAACUACUACUACUACUACUACUACUACUACUAGUCCUACUACUACUACUACUGCUACUACUACUAUUACUACUACUAGUUAUACUACUACUACUACUACUAAAACUACUACUACUACUACUAGUCCUACUAAUACUAUACUAAUACUAGUCAUACUACUACUACUACUACUACUACUACUACUACUAUUACUACUACUACUACUACUACUAGUCACUACUACUACUACUACUACUACUACUACUACUACUACUACUACUACUACUACUAACUACUACUACUAGUACUACUAUCACUACUACUAUAGUCCUACUCUACUACUACUACUACUAUCCUACUACGUACUACUACUACUACCUACUAGAUCUACUACUUACUACACUACUACUUAGUCCUAUUACUAAUAGCCUAUAUACACUACUACUACUACUACUACUAGUCUAACUACUAAUAGGUCCUACUGUACUACUACUACUAGUCCACUACCCACUAGUCCUACUAAAAUCUGUCACUACUGUCACUACACCUACUUAGUCAUACCGCUACUACUCAACUACUACUAACUUACUCUACUAUAUCUGCUUACUACUAUAGCUCUACACUACUAUAUUGACUACUAAUACUCUACUAUACUAGUCACUACUACUAUACUAGUCCUACUUCUAAUACUACUACUACUAAUCACUAUACUAUCUACUACUACUAUAUCUACUCUAUACGUCCUACUAUACUAGCUAUUCUAUACUACUACAUAGUCCUACUACUACGGUACUAAGACCUACUACUACUAAUACUAGUCCUACCUCUACUACUACUACUAUUAGUCCUACUACUAAUCCUACUAAUCCUACUAACUCUACUACUAGUCCUAUUUCUACUACUUAUCUCCUUCUCCGUCUCUCUUUCCCUCCUUAUCCCCCUACCCUCUUCCAUUUAAUAGUUUGUUCCAGGCAUAGGUAAGGACAGUGAAAGGACACCUUCUUUAGCUACAACAACCCAAAACAUUCCCAGGCAUGAGGCUGAUUGACUGACUAGCUACAGUUAAAGCUUGCUGAGCACAUUCAAUAACUCUCCCGUCAUACAUAAAGCAGCCGAUUUUGAUCUCCAUUCUCUCUCACUCCCUGUGAAUCAUAGUCUAUAUAUUUAUCUGACUGGGCAGAAAUGUAUGGCCGGUAGUCUUGUUAAGCUUUGGUUGGCGUGUGUACUGUACGUCCAGCCUUUCAACAUGUUGCAGCCAGACGCCUAGCGUAGCCUCUGUCACAGCAGGACAGUGUUAUGCAAUGGAGCUGGCUGGUGUGUGUGUGUGUGUGUGUGUGUGUGUGUGCGUGUCAGUGAGGGCCUCUCUCUGUAUUGAUGCUGCCCCCAGGGCUCUCUGGCACUCAGGGACAAAUGGCUAACUGACUGCAGUCUCUGGGCUGUGCUUGUCUGAAAGUCAAGGGCAGCUUGAUUGAACAUAUCUGUCUCUCUCUGAUCUUUCUCUCUCCUCUCCACUCUCUCGCUCUCUCUCUGAUCUUUCUCUCUCCUCUCCUCUCUCUCUCUCUGAUCUUUCUCUCUCCUCUCCUCUCUCUCGCUCUCUCUCUCUGAUCUUUCUCUCUCCUCUCCUCUCUCUCGCUCUCUUUCUCUCUCUAUUUCUCUCUUCUCUCUCUCUCUUCUUCGCUAUCUCUCUCUCUCCUCUUUAGAUUGGCUUCAUUUACAUCAUCACUUAUAAUCCCCCCCCCCCCCCCGCCUCUCUCAGGGCUGAUGAGUGGUUGUCAGCAGCGGUGGACUGUCUGGAGUUCCUGCCAGAUGACUUGGUGGUUGAGGUGAGCAGGGGUUUGCCCCGCUGCGGUGAGGACCAGGGCCAGUGUAAGAGACUGGUGUACGGGAUCCUGGCCCAGCACUAUGGAGAGACACAGCACCCUCCACUACUCAGCAACCACGUCUUCGACAUCCACUCCAGCAUCUCUGAACUACUGGGUAAGACAGCCAUAUACAAUGUCUAUGUGCUCUAGGGCAUUUCCUGUGUAUAAAUGGGUUUAGACUUUUACAUAAUAAGUAUUAUGUAAGGGGUUCAUUGAGCUGAUUAAACCAGUACGUGAAAGCCCAAACGUCAUGACUGGGGACAGAAAGGGGGGGUUCAGAUUCCUCUACUGACUCUCAGCGAGGACGCCUCUUCUUCCAGUAUUAUCUAGUAAACUGAAGCCACACCUGGGUUUAUCAACUAGUUUGGCUAAGAUCCUCUGUAGCUAUCUCUCUCAUGAAUUCACACAGCUGUGAUUCCUCCCAGCCUGCCAGGGGCGCUAACACCUAUCCUGUCCUCUCUGUGUGUCGAUAGUGAAUGGGAAGAGGGAGCAGGUUCUGGAGGCCCUACAGCUGUGUCUGAAGCUACAGGACUCUCGCAGUAAAGAGGAGCUACGCAGACUGCUGCGAUUCAUGGCCGUCGCUGCCAAACCACAGGAGGUCAAACUGCACAAAGAGGUGAGUGGUGUGUGUGUGUGUGUGAGAGUAGUGUGCCAAACUACUCUGAGGUCAUAUCUACUAGCAGCCACUCUCUAUAUAUGUAGGUAGAUGUGAACGUUGUGUUGUUUUCCAGAUAGAGAACCGGAUGGCGGUGAAGAGAUCUUUCUCUAGUGCCAUCGUCUACAGCAUGAGACUGGCCAAGGGGAAGGUUGACCUACUGGUGCUGUUUAUGGUGGAAAACCACUGUGACGUCUUCAAGGUGUGUGUGCACUAAUCUUUUAUCAGACGCUGUGUGUGUGAAUAGGUGAACGGGUAGGCGUGAGUGUCCGUGUGUGUGUGUGCAUGUACGUGUAUGUGUGUGUGUGUGCAUGUACGUGCAUGUGUGUGGGUAGGUGGGUGAUUAAUAUGAUGUUUUGCACGUGUGUCUAAACUAUAUAGACUAAAGACCACUGGGUCAGUGCACUGAGGCUCUUGACACCAUCUGUUAAUAGACUGUUUACUACUCAAACAGUGGGAUGGAGUUUGAAUGGGACUUCAUGAAAGACACUGAUCUUAACACUCUUAGAAAAAAAGGUGCUAUCUAGAACCUAAAAGGGUUCUUCGGAUGUCCCCAUAGGAGAACCCUUUGAAGAACCCUUCUUGGUUCCAGGUAGAACCCUUUUGGGUUCAAUGUAGACCCUAUCCACAGAGGGUUCUACAUGGAACCCGAAAGGGUUCUACCUGGAACCAAAAAUGGUUCUACCUGGAACCAUAAAGGGUUCUACCUGGAACCAAAAAGGGUUCUAUGGGGACAGCCGAAGAACCCUUUUGGAACCCUUUUUUUUCAGUGUGUAAUGCCUACAUCUCAGCAGCAUGAGGGUAGAGAGGACGCGAUAGAGAAUUGCAACACUAGAGCCUAGCCAAGCUGCCAUAUCUCUGAUAGCUUUAAUAUUGGAGUCGAGCUCAAACAGUGACUACAGUUUGUAAACACAGAGUUCUGUGUGUGAGAUUAAACAGAUGAAAGCAGCCCUGAUCACAUGGUUUAACUUAUUUGAUCUUCUCCUUUCAGAUUCCAGUGUCGUUGCACAAGCUUGUGAGCGAUAGACUGACCAACAUUGUGAAGGGGAAAGACCCACAAGUCUUAACAGGUAUGUGAGCUUCUGGAAGCUGUUUGGUUUGUCUGUCUGUCUGUCUGUCUGUCUGUCUGUCUGUCUGUCUGUCUAUACUAUUAUCUGACAAAGCGUCACCUACCUUCUGUGUGUUUGUUGUGGUGAAUGAAGACGUAAUGCCCUCUCCCUCUUCCUCUCUAUCUUUCUCUUCACUCAGGUUCUACAUAUUGCAGGCGAGUCAAUGGAAAAGCGUACAUGGAGAGCAAGCAGAAGACUACCAAAGAGGAAUUAUGGGCUCUACUGAAGACAAUCCACGAGAACCCCAAACUGUCAAACAAAGAGAAGAGACGCUUGCUAGGACAGUUCUACAAGGGGCAUCCUGAGAUCUUUGUCCAGUACUUUGGAAGCAGAUUGUCAAGUGAUGAUAUAUAGCUAACUAAGGUGAUAUUUAAGUGAAUAACUAAUGUAUUAUUUGUAAAAAGAAAAGACAGACAGACAAAGGUGGUGUAAAUGUUGUAAAAAUGCAGUGUACAAAUAUAUUUAAUUUACUUCGCUCAUGUGAAGAGAUGAAUGUGAAAGCUUGAAUACAAUUUGAGAAUUGUUUUAUAAUUUCACGUGGAAUUCUCUUUCAUUUGGCUGUUACAGGGCCAUUCAUCUCUGAUGACAUUUUGAUAAUAUAAUUUCAUGCUCAAAAUCUAAGGAUGUCAGCCUUAUGAAGUAAAGAUUGUCUCAGAAGGAAAUGAACCCAUUUGCCCUUUCUUCGAAUGCAGUUGGGACAUUCAACAAUUUUUUUAGAAAUAAGUUCAGAAAAUUACAGUCCCAGACAACUUCCCAGAAAUAUCAUUUAAAUACACCAUUUAGAGACUACAAGUGUCUGUCAAAAUAUAAUACAUAUUAUUUUACAUUUCUAUGGUUCCUAUGGCAACAGGCUGAACAAAAAGUGUAAUUGAGAACUCUAAUUGUGUGACAGAUGCACAUGGCUUCUAGUGUUAUAUUCCUCAACAAAACCCUGGGUCUGCUGCCACUUUGGGAGAAGGUCAGAAGAAGUUCUGCGUAUCCUGUUUCAAUGAAUGUAUUCUUUCUCUGUGGUUACGCAAUAGGGAGAUGGUGUGGGUAAUAAAGAUGAAG